CUGAGCGGCGCGGGUCGGUACUAUCUCUAGGAAGGAGCGAAUUCACUCUCAGUUCCACUUUGUUGUUUUAAAUCAAAAUGGCAUCCAAACGCGUUAAUAGCACUGCAAUCAAAGGCAAUGCAUCAAAAAGAGCACGAUCUUCAAAGUACGAAAUCCAAAUGAAUCAACAACUAGCAGAAAAGGAGAAAUCAAAAAGAAAGAACGAACCAAGUUCCUCAAUAAAUUCAGAAACUGCAACUGAUGCAAACUAUUUCGAAGGAAGUGAAUGUAACACCAAUGUCAUGAUUUGCAACAUAUCUGAUCAAGAACUCAAUUCUCAUCAGGCAGAAGUAAAUGAAGAACAAUCAAAAUCAUUGAUAUCUGAAGAACAAGAGGAAGCAAACCAAAUAUUAGAUAGUCAUGAACUCUAUAAUCAUACUACUAACGAUUUUUCAAAUAAUUCAAGUAAUGUGUCAAAUUCACAUUCAGAGCAAGAACAACAUGCAGACGAAAACAAUAAAAGUCAUGAAAAAUAUCUCAAUGAUAACGAUGUUGGAUCUUCAAUUUUGAAUAGUUGCAUGGAGAACUCUGUCAAUUCAAACAACGUGGUAGCAAAUAAAAAUAACGAAAUAAUGUACCCAGUGGAAGCCAUGACUUCAAAAGAAAUAACUCGAGCGGAGUUGUUAUUAGAUAAAACUAAAUUUGAAACGAGCAACCAGCUAGAUUGUGAUUUGGAACAGAAAGAAACUACUUUGACUAAUACUGAAACUACUUCAAACUCUAUGUCUAGUACAGGUUUAGUAAACUUAAGAAGAGAUGAUGAUGAUCAAAGUAACCAAUAUAUGGAAAACUUCAUAAUAAUGCAAUUACAACAGCGCAAAGAUUCGGAAACUUGGUAUCCAAGCAAAUUUGAAAGUGGAAUAAACGCUUUAACUAAAUUAUUCACUGCAGAUGACGAUAUAGAGAUGCAAGAGAAUAUUGAAAAUACAAAUCAAACCAAUGAACGUACUGAAAAGAAAACAAUUGAUGACAAUAAUUUGGAUACUCAAAACUCCUCAGCGACAGACAUGCAGAAACCAUCAGAUACUAAUAAUAAUGAUACUGUUAUAGAUCAAUCAAACGCAUUGGAAGCUGAGUCAAGAAAUCAAAUUUCCAGCUCUGAUCAUAUAGAAAUAUUUGAUGAUCGAUCGGACACAUUUGAAACUAAUAUCGAUGACAUUAUGAAUGAUUCUGAAAUAUGGUCUGUUGAUAACUCCCCAAGAUUAGACUUUUGUUUAGAAGGGGUAAAUGAUAUUUCCUUUGAUAAUGAAGAAGAAGAAUAUGUGGAAGAGGAAUACGAGGAUGAAGAAAAUGAUGAAGAAGAAUAUGUGGAAGAUGAGUAUGCAGAAGAAGAAUAUGAAACUGGUUCUGUUGCUACAGAAGAUUUAACUGAAGAAGGUUCUGACGACAGUGACAACGAAUCACAAGAUAGUGAACCAGAAAGAUUAACUAAAAUAAAAUCUAAAGUCGUUGAAAUGUACAGAGUCGAUGUUAAGUCUGAAGAAACACCUGAUAGGCCCGUUUAUGAGAACCUUACAGUUGAAAGAACUCUUCACAGUAUCGAAAAUGCAGCCAAAUUACGAAAGCUGCGUAAAAUUCUUGAAAAUAAUUCAAUUCCUCGACCUCUUGAACGAGGCGCUAGUAAAUUCAAUAUGGUUCUAGGAGAAAUACCUGACAUAAUAGAAGUAUUAAAAGCAUAUCCGGAUUCGUCACAUCACGCUCAUGUUCGUUUUAUCAACCCGGAGCAAGAAAACUGUCAAAGUCCAGUUGGUGACGUUUACAUUAGAAAUGAACCUAGAAAAAUUCUUAGCGACUGCUCUAUAUGUUUGCUUACUUUUUGCGGUUAUCCAGUUUCCACCUUAUGUGGCCAUGUUUUUUGUGAAAAUUGUCUCGAAAAGACACUAAAGUAUCACAAGCAAUGCCCUACCUGCAGAAAACAGUUAAGAAGUCCUUACUAUCAUAAAAUUUUCAUAUAAAUUAAAACAAUUUGAGUAGUUUUUGUUAGAGACAUUUUCGGCACAAUUCAAAACGGCAAAAAUAUGCAAACGUAGGCGUAAAUAGACACAUCCUAUUAUUCCGCAAUUUUUUUUUUUAUAAUUUAUGUAAAUAUGGUUAGGCAAUCCGAAAUAUAUUACUUUCAGGGCUGAUUUUUCCUUGAUUAAAACCUAAUUCUCGUAAAUCGUAUAAAACAUUCAUUUCAAAAUUUAUUUUAUUGCCUAUUAUUUUAUAUUUUCAAGAACGCAAAGUUUUAAACAAGGAUUGAUAAAUCUGCCCUUAAUAAUUCUAAUUUAUUUAUUUGGUAUAGCUAAUAUGUCAGUAAGA